AUGGCAGCCUUCAAAUUUAUUCGGAGCAUCUUCGAACCAACUGACGAUGAGGAUGAUGUUAUGCCACAUGUCAAGUCAGAAAUUGUGCAUGGUUUAAAUCAAGAUUUCAAGGGCAGUAUUGCUAAAGGUUUUUCGAGCGAUUUAGGUGUAGGUUUACAUGCCGGGUUUCAUGUAGGUUUUGACAGCAGUUUAGGUGCAAGCGUCAAGGGCAGUUUAGGUUCACAGUUUGUUGAUCUGAGCAACACCAGUGGUCUCAUACGACGGAAAUGGAGCUCAAGUGCACCGAAAUGGCGAAAGGCAGCACCCGGUAUUUGUCUUGAGGGCAAGUGCAACAAUUCAUCUUGUGAUGCGUACCAGAAGGCUGUGAUUAUUAAUAUAGGAUUAAGAAAAUUUGACUAUCUCCAAGAUAUUACGAAAGAUACAUCAAAAUGUCCUAUGUGCUCUAAAUAUGUCGAACCAAUUACAUGCGCUUUUAAUAAUUGUUACUGGAGAUGGGAAGGAAUAAAACAACCUCAACGUGGUAUGCCACCGGAAGAGAUCUCCUCAAACUGGAAACUUGCUGAUGAUGCCUAUCACGUAUUCGAUGAAAAUAUAAGUGACACAGUUGUAUGGCGAAAAUUGAUCAUUGAAGCAAAACGAACAUAG